CAUGCGCAGGCAUCUUCAACUAUUCACAAAAGUAGCUAGCUAGAAACCGAGGAGAGUUGGGAAAGCCUUCGUUUGACAAAAUGCACUACGAGAGCGAGCUACGGGUACGUUCGACGCACCGCCAGCCAGAGCUACAUUGCAUCCGACGAAACCAGCAAACUUCUUUGCAGUGGGGCUUGUAUUUGAAUGGCAUCGUUCGGUACGGUGCGUAUUCGUAGCUAGCUAGCAAAACGCUCUGUGGUUGCAAUUGUUUGAGAACAGACAGACAAAGUAUAGAAUGGUUGUACGGUAGUUUGGAGCGCUCCGACUGUCACUCGACUUCACUCCACUUCCGGUGACCGAAAAGCAAGGCCCGCUUUCGAGGUUCGAGGCGCCGAGAACAGCGAAAGCAAGCGCUCUCGUCUCGUCCCUUUAACCCUUAGGGUUCGAGCUAUUGACCACCGGCGCCCCUCCCAACAUUCGAAGUCCAUGCAACAGCAACAGCACACAGACUUCAUUGCUUGUUGUGUUGUACAAGUCCUAUAAUACUUGUACUGUACAAGAGCUAGCCAGCUAGUAGAGCAAGAAAAGUCAGUUCCUUUGAAACAAUACUAUAGUAGUGCUAUUGAAGAUGAGUGCCCCAGGAGGAGGAAGCAUCUCGGCCGAACAGCUCAAGGCGCGAUACGUGGGGACAGGACACGCUGAUAUGAGCAAGCAUGAAUUCCUGACGAACCAGCACCGCGAUACGUAUGCAAGUCACAUUGGUCACUACGAUCAACUGUUCUACUAUUCAGUGGCUCAAAACCAGGCCGUGGGACGAGUGAGAUUGGAGUUUUUGGAGAAAAUGGUGCAACCAUGUGGACCACCGCCCAAGCGAACAGAAGUGGAGAGACUGCUUGAAAAGUAAAUAGAAAGAUGGAAAAGAAUGACAAGAUAGAUGUUGAAGGAGUGACCGGUGACAAUGAUAACCUGAGCCUGUUUGUUUCGGGUGUGAGAGAGACCACCACACCCCAUUCUCUGGGGGGAAAUGGAAGAGGAUGCCACCAGUUUCUGUUCGAAUGAUUCGAUUCAAUCUACACAUCAAGUACUGUACGUACAACUUUGGCUAGCUAUCGAUAGAACCCCAGCCUUUGAAUUUGGGACUACGGUACCGUAUCUCUACUAGACGAGUGAGACCGGCAAUAGCUCGUAAAUAGAUACGCGGGAACGAAUGGAAACGAAUGGAAACGAAUGGAAACAUCGAGCACAAAGCAGAAGACGAGCUGUUUUGGAAGCAAUAGUACCUGCCGCACUGUGCAGUGCAUGUAGCUGGUAUCGUCGUAUCGUAUCGGUAUCGUACGUGUUGUGGCCAAGGCAUGCUUGACAAAGCCAAAGUGCAAUUUGCAGAGUUGUGGGAAUGAGCAUUUUGACCUCAUAGCAUUGGUACUGUACUAGUACGUUUCCCCCGGUUCCUACGAACCCAUGCUUACAGGCAACACAUCACGGACGGAAAAAGGAAUCUAGUACGUAGCUUUGUAUUUUCUAGUGCCUGUAAACGAAAUUAGCAUUUUUAUAGUGUGUAU